AUGGAUCCUUUACCUGUGUUUUAUUUGGUGUGUAUAGUAGCCAUAAAGGAAUCUGUUUGCACUACUUCUGCAAUUUCCUUUGAUUUGUCAAACCCAGAUGUCACUCAUAUAGAUCUUAUAAAACAAAUAUACUCCGAAAUCGAGCAUAGACAAUACAUUCAAAGGGACGGACAUUAUAUAGGUUCAGUCGUAGAUAAUAGUCUCGAAAUAUGGAAAGCAGGAGAACAUGAUAUUUGUUCUGCCGUUAAUUUAUAUUCCAAGGAUGACAAAAGAUUCCUAGUUUUACAGAUUCUUAAUGGAGGGUCCACAGACUUGCACUUUGAAAAGACAGGUGAAAAGUGGCAAAAGAUUAGCCUGGAAAGCCUUAGAGAUGUUCAAGAGCAAAAAUCUGAUGCUAACGUCUUGGAUAUCGUCAGGCCGGAUGGCUCCAGAGUAAACUCUGGUAAGAUCACGGGAAAUGGUCUCAUUCGUGAGACCUUUGUUCCAGACUUUAGCACAAAUAUAACUCUUGUUUCGCAUAGCGGAUCUGAGAUUUGGAGGAGUUCCAAAGGCGAGAAAUGUAUCUUGGCCAAGCUGUCAUCCAAAAACGGGUAUUUUCUCUUUCUAAUUUAUACCUCAACACGUGGAUGUGUCGAACAGCACUUUUACGAGAGGAAGGACCAUGGCUGGAGUGAGAUUGAAAGGGAUGAUUAUUAUGGAAAACUUGACGAAAUGAAGGAUGUUGCCGCAAAAGCCUAG